AUGAGUAUCGGCAGAAAUAUGGUCUUCGUAGGGCUCACAAAGCCAGAGCCACCACCACAGCCGCAUGUCCUCACCAUCCGCGACAGGGACCUCGGCCGCGCCCUCGGCACCCUGCGCGCCACACCCGCCGCGGAGCUGUUCGCCGUCCGCACCCUGCGCAUCGUCCUCACCGAGCCAAACGUUCUCUACUGGCACGGAUCCCUCUGGCCGGCAGCGCGCGCGGUGUUUGACGACGAGGACGAGUUCCGCGCGCUGCUGCGCUUCGUAGCCAAGAACUUUGACCUUGCAAAGCUGGACUGGGAGGUUGACGCCAGAAGCGCGGCGUGGGGCCUGUUUGAGGACAAGGGUGCAGGGGCGUACGGGGGAGAAGAGGUCGAUGAGGACUGGAAGUUUGUGUACGAGUGGUAUUUGGAAGUCGGGAGGGCCCUCGCCGAUGUCUUGCGGGGGAGGAAGCUGCAGAGGCUGAGCGUCAAAACGUCAAUCUGGAAUGGGAUGGGCCCGUGGCUUACGGGGCAGAGUACUGGAACAGAAAUUGUUGUAGAUGGCAGCCUGCCGAGGUAUCAUGAUGUUGGAAUGCGCCUUCUAUCUGGUGGAGAUGGGAUCGAGACCGACUGA